GGACGUGUACAAUGCGGACGUAAAAGGGCGGCUCUGUAGCCGCUCUGCCAGCGCCGGUAAGUGCCCUCGUUUGUUUUAUUUGCGAGAAAAACUUUGAUUGUAGUGAUUCUUCGUAGUUUUCUCUGUGACAGAUGUUCCUGGAAAUACGGCAGAAUUUUGUUGAGUAGCCGAAACUGUCAUGGCGGCUCAGUGGCGCUGCCUGUCGUAUUCGAAACAUGGCGAAUAAUUUCUAUCUUUACCUGUGGGUGACGAAUCUGUUCGAAAAGACAUUUUUACAUACUGUAGAGAACAUAUUUUCUAUCUCUUCGUUUAAAUCCUGUGACUUGUGGAUUGUCCAAAAUUGAUUAUUCCCUUAUCUGGAUUUUAGAAACUGUUCUGUUAUCUUUCGAGUGUAAAGAUGGAGUACUGAACGUUUGGUCGGUGUGGACGUGUUGUGAAUUUAUGGAUACACAUAUCACUCUCAUGGAUGUGCGGUAAUGGAUGUGAGAGGGCGCUGCCGGCGUCUGCUCUGCCGGACAAAGGACUCCUUCUGUAUCGCGUUGGAAUAGGGGUCUCAGUCCCCCCAAGGAAAUACGCAAGGUGGAGAGCCCGGUGUUAGAAGAUAGCGGAAGUAUGUUCCGCGGUAGUACCUCCUGUUGCAGCAACUGCCCAGAGGGUCUGACAUGCAGUCUGGUCUUUGCCAUUUUUGCUGCCGUCCUUGGUAUGGUGCAGUUCGGAUACAACACCGGAGUCAUUAACGCACCGCAGAAGGUAAUCCAAGGUUUUAUCAGUUCCGUUUACCAUUCUCGGACGGGCGACAUCAUCUCUGAGGAUUUCCUCAACCUCAUCUGGUCGAUCGGAGUCUCCAUCUUCGCCAUCGGGGGGAUGAUCGGAGGAAUAACGGGUGGCAUCGUCGCCAACAAAUUUGGAAGGAAAGGUGGUCUAUUGUUGAAUAACAUCAUGGGUUUGGCUGGUGCGGCGCUGAUGACUUUCAGUAAAUCUUCGUACAGUUUUGAAAUGCUCAUUCUGGGACGUCUGACUAUGGGUUUCAACUGCGGUUUAAACACUGCUCUUGUGCCUAUGUAUUUAUCUGAAAUUGCUCCAGUCCAGCUGCGAGGUGGCUUAGGUACUUUGAACCAAUUGGGUGUGACUGUUGGCCUGCUUUUGUCCAUGGUGCUCGGGAUUCAGCACAUCCUAGGUACUGAAGACCGAUGGCCUUAUCUUUUUGGUGUGGCUGUGAUACCUGCAGCUUUGCAGCUACUACUCCUUCCCAUGUGCCCUGAGAGUCCUCGUUACUUGCUCAUCACAAAACAGCAGGAACUUUCUGCCAGAGAAGCACUGGAAAGACUUCGAUGUACAGUUCAUGUAGAUGAGGAUUUAGAAGAAAUGCGUGCAGAAGAAAGAGCUCAAGAACAAGAACCUCAAAUGACUGUCUGUCAGGUGAUUCGCAACAAGAGCCUUCAGCUGCCUUUAUUAAUAGGAAUUGUAAUGCAACUAUCGCAACAGCUCACAGGAAUUAAUGCAGUUUUCUACUAUUCAACCAGCUUAUUUAUGUCUGCGGGCUUAUCUGAUGCGGUGUCCCAUUAUGCUACAAUGGGUGUUGGCGUCAUCAUGGUGGUCAUGACUCUAGUCUCUAUUCCACUUAUGGAUCGAGCCGGAAGGAGGACGCUUCAUUUGUACGGUUUAGGUGGAAUGUUCAUCUGUAGCAUAUUUAUUACCAUAUCUCUGCUCGUUAAGUUCCUCUAUGAGUGGGUGACAUACUUGAGUGUGGUCAGUACUCUAUCCUUCGUUGUUUUCUUUGCUAUUGGACCAGGUUCCAUCCCCUGGAUGAUCACCGCCGAGCUGUUCUCCCAUGGCCCGAGGCCAGCCGCCAUGAGCAUAGCAGUUUUUGUCAAUUGGUCUGCCAAUUUCUUAGUCGGUUUAGUCUUUCUUCAGAUGCAGCGUUUGUUCGAGAAUUACUCUUUUCUACCAUUUACUGUUCUGUUAGCCAUCUUCUGGACCUUCACCUACAAGAAAGUGCCAGAGACCAAAAACAGAACUUUUGAGGAAAUAGCUGCCUUAUUCAGGAGGGAAGAGGUGGUCAAUGUCAAUGGGCUGACGACGGUGGUCCAGCGAAAGCCGGUGCACCACCAGUCUGCCGAACUUGUCACGGAGGAAAAAAAUCUAGAAACUUGUAAGACUAAGUUUUGAAGAAACCGUCUCUGCAUGCAUAAUGUAUGUGCAUGAAUCCCUUCCCAUAUGCCACCGCAUGAGCAUUCGAGAGCACAACAGUUUUUUUUGGGGGGGGGCAAGUACGUUAUUUGAAGCUCAUUUGCCCGACAUGAGACUAUUUUAAUAGUUGUUACUUCUGCCAAGUGACAUUACUUAUAUUCUAAUGUUUUACUGAAUGUUUAGCAGUUUUAUUACGUGAGGAGUUUGACAGUUUACUUCUGUAUUUUGUGUUCGAUUUUAAUACUUUCUUUGGUCCUAUGUGAAGGAAAGCUUUUUACCAAGUGAAAGAACAUACGAGACAUUUUUUAUAAUUCAUGAACAAUGAAUAGCAUUUUACUGAUAAGUUUUAUUUAAUAUGUAAAGUUUGAGAAUACUUAAAUACUAAGUUGAAGAUGUUCAUAAAUUAUCACUAAAUUAAAAAGAAAUUAGCUUAAAUUUUCAAUUAUUCUGUGUUUUGAUCUGUGAUAAAAACGCGUUUAAAGAUUUUUUUUUGACAUUUAUCAACUCGUAUCUUUGCGACUUUGUUUACUGCAUAUAGGCAUCAAACUGAUGCAAAUAUCUUAGAAUGAGAUGGCAAGACUUUAGUUAUAACAAUAGUUUUCUCGGUUACCAUCUCACCACUUUCUUUCUGCAGAACACUAAUCUCUCACUCACACCUACACAAAAUAAAACUAAAAUAAAAAAUUAACGAUGAUUUUAUAAUACGUAAAUGUAUAUUUCGAGUGAUCUGGUGCUUCAUAUGUGAUUGUCAUUCUCAUAAUUUUAUUAAUAUAUGAGCAUGUAAAUUUUUCUUGACUUUUUAUAAAUUUUGCUAAAUUAACACUUUGCAGCAUAAUUCUUUGGUUUAUUAUAUCUUUUUAACAUUUUCAAUAAAUGAGUAAUUUAUUGUUGUAAUAGUACUAAUUAUUUUUUCUUUCUGCUUAAACUUUGAUACACUUAUUAUUUUGUAUUUAAAAUUUUUAGAUAUUUAUUUUUUGUAUGGGGAUUUUUCAACUUUCAACAACUUGUACAGACUUAAUUUUUAAGUAUGCAAAUGAAAAUAUUUAAAUAUUCAUAAAUAGACAUUUUAUUUUUAUUUUAUUUCUCUUUGGGAGGGAGUGGUAUUGACAGUAAACUUCAGGCAAAAAUAUAUUUGUUUUACGUUUGGAACUUUACCAUUAGAAAAAUCACGAAUUUGGAUCCAUUUUUCCUUUUUAGCCAUAAAGUCUAGGUAAAAGUGAAAUUAUUUUAAAGAAAAAAUAAAAUCUCAGAUUAAUAGCAAUUGUCCAUUAGUUUAAAAUAUUUCAGCAAAAUUUACAAGUAAUAUAUUAUGUGAAGAAAAGGGUCUAAGAAAGAUAUGAAUUAUAUAUUGUUUGGUUCGGGAAGUUCAAAAACAAGGACUAUGAUAUUCAAAAAGCAGAGCGCUCUGACGAGCCUACUGAUGAAUUAUGUAUUAUUUCUAUUUUUCAUUACAUUGCAAAUAGCACAUGACUACGAGAUACAUAUGAUACAUAGAAUAGAUGUAUACAUGACUGCGAGAAGUAUCCCAGACAAAAAUUAAUUAAAUGUUAAAAUCAGCAGUUAAUACAAAAAUAUUUUCCUAGUUAUCACAAAAAAUAACGGGUUAUUUUGUAA